AUGCCGCGCUACUACUGCGAUUACUGCGAUGUAUUCCUUACGCAUGACUCCCCGUCCGUGAGGAAGCAGCACAACAGCGGGCGCAAGCACAGGGACAAUGUGAGCAUGAGCUCUUGGGGUGCGGGAGGUGACCGGGAGCAGGUGCGCGACUACUACGGGCAGUUUGUGAGCAAGCAAGCACAGAGCGUGAUCGACUCGAUCAUCUCACGACGUGAGGGAGGGAGGAGGCUGGUCUUGACUCGUUGCUGA